AUGAGUCUCCCAACACCACCUGGCACGUCACACAGAGACAAGGAAAACAAAUUUCAAGGAUCUCGUGUAGCAUGGUCGCAGCAGAACCAGUUCUUCUACUUUGGAAACACCCCAAGGGUUACACCGCUGGCGACAUCCAGAGAGCAGCCAACAAAGUCUAUUCUCAAGAAGUCCACUCAGUCUCUCCUUACCGUGCCGGAAGAGAAGCAAAGAGACAUAACUCCAGAACCAGAAGAUCCUCUUGCAAACCUAUCAUACCUCGAUUCUCCAGUGUCGAAGCUUAUAUCGAUAGACUCGUCAUUGCGCGACCUCAUUGAGGCAUAUUCUGUCCUUACGGCUCGCUUGAGAGCUGCAGUCAACGGAACUACCGAUGCCGACGCGUCCUGGCCACUUUUUCAACCUGUCAGGAAGCACCAACAGGCUGUAGUUGACGCGAUAGUCAGGGACCUCGGAAGAGCUUUGGUUGAGCCUCACACUGUGGACGCUGAGAUGAGCGAAGUUUGUGACGAACUAGAAGAGAAGUCGCUUCUCCCAUCGCCCAAGAACAGUCCAAGGAAGAAGAUAGGAAUGACAGCGGAACAAGUCAAAUAUGCACGAGAUCUGUGCACCACCUCGCAUGCUGUUAUGAAAUUUCUCGGAGCUGUCUUUACUAUCCCUGCUAUUUCUCGAGUUUUCAAUGAUGAUCAACUACGCGCUAUGCUCACCGGAGUUUUGGCCAUUCCUCUGGCCCAGGAAUUGCCAACACCCAACGCACGCAAAACAUGUGCCCUGUCAAUAUGGCUUCUGCAAGCCCAGCGAUUACCCGCUGAAGUUCUCUUACCUGCGAAGGACCGCAUAGCCUACGCCCUUCGACGUGGCAUCGAAGGUGAACUCGGCAAAGAGGGUAAGAAAGGGUCUACUUGUGAUGGCCUAAAAGCUAUUCAUGAUCUCUCGAUAUACCAACCCGUUACCUUCGUUCCUGCAUUCACUGAACUACUUAGCUCAAUCCUUGCUGGCCUCUUGGCCCCCACCCUGCUUAUACGGACACAAGCAUGUCAUGCCCUGGGUGGCUUUACUAUGGGAUGCAUUGCUCUGCCACCAUCUUAUGUUCAUACCCGCAUCGCUCGUACAGUUUCUGAGUUCCUAACGUCUCCUCCCUCAUCACCACGAAAGAGUCCCACAAAGAUUGGACAGGACUCGGCGAUUAUCCGCACGCUACGUACGACGUUAAAUGCCGUGGAACCAACGCACGUCGCACAUGGGCCAGUCUGGUCGCUUAGUAUUCUUGCUAGUCUCAUCGUACUGCUCGGAUCGGCGCUUUGCGAAGACAUCAAACUUGCGCGAAUGAUAUCUGCGUUGCUUGCGCUUUCAAUGCGAAAUAAGAAGAGUUCCGUGAGAGGUCUUGGGUGCUUGCUUUGGCGAUGUGUGGCAUGGGCGUAUUUCCGGCCGCCUCUCGUGCAAUUCGAUGAAGACGAGGAGGAUGAACGAGAUGAAUUUCAGAAAGAACAAGAUGAGCAAAAGGUGCAACUCGGACGGCAAAGUUUCUGGAAAGUUGUGAAAUCCGUGGUCGAUAUGGGCGCAGGCGUGUCAACAGUUGCUGCUUUGCUCGCUGAAGGAUCUGACGACGACGAGAGGCUAAGAAAAGCCUUUUCUCUUGUUAAAACCAUGAUCAAGAAGGGUGGGCAAACCUGCGGUGACGGUAUGGAGAUCGCCAAGAUAUUCGUCAGCUUCAAUGUACCUGAUUGUCCGUGGACAAUGAACAAGCUCCUUCCUCCCCUACUGUUCUCGUCUAGCCCUGGCCUCCUCACUCAGGACUACAAGACGCUUUCCGUCGCUGUCAAACCUAUCUUCGCGCAGUGUCCGCAGUUUGAUGACAUACGGUCGUUGACGAGAGAAGAUGUUACUCGAGAGUGGAUAUUCGACGAGCUAAUUGAGGUCUGGAGAUCUGGCCUUGCAUGUUUGGAGAUGCCUGAAGAGUCUACUACGCCACCUGAGGUUGUCUCAAUUUGGGAAGGCUUGUUGAAGGGUAACGUCGCUGUUCUCCAAGAUGCAGGUGACGAUGACGGAACCGUGCAAUUUGCCUGUCGAGCAGCCGUCAUCCUAGUUGAUAUACUUCAGGAUCCAAACCUUGAUCUGUCCCACAAGGCAGGAUCUGCACUUCCUGUUGUUGCGACAAGUCCCGUUAAGGAUCGUAGUCCGUCCAAGUCCCCUCGGAAGCUGCCAAAUAAUUCAUCUCGCUCCAAUGCUGCUCUCAAGCUUUCCAUCACACGCGAAUUUUGGACAAUUAUGCGCACCACAAUUCCCAACAACCUCUUGCAUGCAGGCGGUGCCAAGUUAUUGACAUCUCUCAUGGAGAACGAAGAUGACUUGGUAUGGGAGACCGACGCUCCUGACGAUGCGAGGAAAGAAUGGGCCUAUUUAUGUGCUGAAGUCCUGGUUGUGUGUGAUAUUGACGAACUGAAGAAGUUCUGGACACGUAGAGCCAGUGCCAGGGCCCAAAUGACCUAUGAACCUGGUGUCCAGAGUCUCGUGUGGAACUGCUUUGUUGAAAAGUGGCAAGAAGACGCUGAUGGGACAUGGGAGUGCGCCGUCGUCCUACUGGGAAUACCUUUCGCUGAUUCGAAUGCCUGGGAGCUGAGCAAUGACGAUUUCCAGACCUGGGACAACUUCCUCAGUUAUACGCUGAACAAGGCCUUGGACUAUGGUAUUGACUCUACGACCGUCCUCGACUGUGUCGCGGAAGCGGUAUCACGAAACCCUAGCCCCACAUUUGCAUACUCUACUCGUGUUGCUGACCUUCUCCUGGGUCAUCUGGAAAUCGUGGAUGCACGUCAAGUACCAUCUAGUGUUUUCGAAUUUGUUAACGACACGCUUCUCUCCACGUACCCCCCAGAACCCUGUAGCAUGAUGCGUUCUAUCUGGCUACUGAGGUCGCUCACUAGAAUUGUGGACGCAUGUCCUGUGGAGCUCUCGCCGGGUAUGUUUGAGAUCCUGCAAGAUGGGAUGUGUACUUGGAUCUCGGACGAUUACUGUACUUUCGAUAUAACUGAUUAUACUGAUGAGGUGUUGCCAUUGUAUCAGACUUCGCUGCUUGGAGUUCAAGUUCUGCCGCGCACCUUGCAAACACUCGAAUUGCUGGCACCUCUCUUAGAAUCGUCGUUCAGUGGUCGUACGGAUAAGCCUGCUACAGUUAUGGAUUCCUUCGACGAAUUCUGGAACACUUGUUAUGCAAACAUGAGCAAACCUGAAAAUGGAUGGCCAGAGAAGAUACAAACAUGUCUUCGCUCGCUCGCUGAACUCCAUGGGACACACUCGCCAGAUCAAGAGAACAGUCCUCGUAAGAAUAUUCUAUCUAAUAUAUCGCCGAAUGCCUACAAGUGGCGCUCUCCAUAUGGCAAACAAAAUUCACCGGUCAAAGCCACGCUCGAUUCACCUAUCGAUCUGGUUCAAAAGCCAACAUCGAAGAAACCUACGUCAGAAAAGAAAUCUCCCUUCGUUGGCCAACUUGGUCCAGCUUUCUUUACCCCUCUACUGCCUGGGGCUCUGGAAUCUGGUUCAGGGUCACCGUCUGCGAUGUUCACUUUCCCAGCACCAUCCACUCCUACAAAACGCUCCAAUUGCACCACACCACCUCGCCCCCACAAACCGUCAACAACUCCUGUCAAUUUCCAAUCACUGCUUCUUCGCACACCAACAUCUUCUCUACCAUUGAGUGCUGGCACGCAUACAACCCCACGACGUUCGCCCACUGCAAAAUCAGAGCAAGCAUCGCCGAGCUUACCAGUGUCUCCUGGCAAACACAGAAUCAUGGAGAACAAGGAAAAUGUGUCCCCUCUACCUGUCCCUUCUGUGUUAGAACGCAUUCUUGCAAAUUCUCCAAGCCGGCCCAAGUCGUCUUCUGUACUUGGCAAGCGUCGUUCGUUCGACGAAGAGCGGGAAUGUAUACCUAAAAAAGGCAGAACUGCGUCCGGGACGUUCAUGCGUUCGCCCAAGGACCUCAUCUCUGGCAGUGACAGCGAAGACGAGAAAGUGGUGGAAGCUACUCUUUCUAGUGAUCCUUUAUUAUCACCGCGCGAGCUGCCCACUCUGGCGAGCGCUCCAGAGGCCAUAGCAGAGUCGGCUGGUCAGCUCGUCUCUGGUUCAAAUAAAAGGAAACGAAAAUCCGUAUUCAUGGAUGCUGUUGAAGUUCCAACCUUGCGAGAAGUUCGACGGCGUUGGAAGGAGAGAAGGGUUAGUCUCCAGAGAUCUACGGACUCCUCAUCAACUCCAACUAAACUUCUUCGACGUACAUCUUCUUUACCGAAGAUGAGCGAUACAGAGGAAGAGUAUGCUGAGGGGAAUAGCCGGAAAAGACUGAAGCGCUGGGAUGAGAUGGUUGUUUCUGAUUCUGAUGCAACAAUUCCUUCCUCACCAUUCAAAGUUUUGGAAGAAUUGGAUAUUGCGGGCAGUGACGAUUCAAUUCUUCUUACAAAAUCCUAUCCGUUCCCAACUGAAGGUUCAUCUGAGCUUUCUUCUGACGACGAUCCACACUUGGGUCAAGUGACACCCCAUCAUCUUAUUUCUCCUGCCCUUCGCCGAGUCCACGGUCUUGACUACGACCCCCCAAGCGAUGACUCGACGCUGACAUCUAGUCCAUCUCGCGAUAUCGUUACCCGACGCCGGCAACGGCUGCUUUCCUUCUCUGAGGCUCAACGUCCUCAACUAGCUAAAUAG